ACGGGGGUUAUUGUUUUAAAAAGCAACUACGACAAAAACCAAACUCCACCUCUAGUCGUGGUUCGUUCACGUUGCGCGCUGAGCCUUGUCGCCGUGUUUACAAGGUGUUUACAACGUUGAACGUGUCACAGGAACAGGAAUUUAGUUAAAAGAACCGAGCUGUAACCCACUGCCAUUAACUAGCACAGCUAUGCUAGCUUGCCCUUGCAGGAUGUCACAGCUUGGCUUUCCGGAUUCACACCAAAACAACACCGUUUCCCACAGCCAUCUGACAGUCAUGGUGGUCCCAGGUCGUCAGGACAAAGAGGAGAAGAUAUACUACCCCCCAGAGGAUCUGCAAAUGAACGCUCACGUGCCAAAUUUUAACUCAUACCUUGCCUUAUACAAAAGGUCCAUCGAGGAACCCGAAGAGUUCUGGAGGGACGCGGCUCAGGAGUUCUACUGGAAGGAGUCUCCAUCAGGCCAGAUACUGCAGUUCAACUUUGAUGUCACCAAGGGAAACAUAAGCAUGAAGUUCAUGGCAGGAGCCAAGACCAACAUGUGUUACAACGUGCUGGAUCGCAACGUGCUGGACCGGAACCUCGGCGAGAAAGUCGCGUACCUCUGGGAGGGGAACUUGCCUGCCCAUCAUCAGACCAUCACCUACGGGCAGCUGCUGAAGCAGGUGUGCAGAUGUGCCAACGCCCUGAAGCAGACGGGUGUGAAGAAAGGUGACCGAGUGGCCAUAUACUUACCUAUGAUCCCAGAGCUGGUGGUGACCAUGCUGGCCUGUGCCAGAAUAGGGGCUGUACAUUCUGCUGUGUUUGCAGGGUUCUCUUCUGAGUCUCUGGCUGAGAGGAUCGUGGAUGCUCAGUGUAGUGUACUGGUGACGGCAGACGGUGUUUACAGGGGCGAGAAGUUAAUUAACCUGAAGCAGAUUUCAGACGAGGCACUGGAACACUGUCAGGAGAAGGGUUCACCGACUGUCCAAAAAUGUGUGGUAGUGAAGCACCACACGCUCAGAGCCAGUGGCACAGAUGAAUGCAAUAAACUACAGACACCCUGGAAUGCUGAGCGUGACGUGUGGUGGCAAGACAUAGUGGAUAGUGAGUCGGAGCAGUGUGACCCAGAGUGGCUGGAUGCUGAAGACCCUCUCUUCAUCCUCUACACCAGUGGCUCCACUGGCAAGCCCAAGGGAGUGCUGCACACGGUCGCAGGCUACCUGCUGUACACAUCCCUCACAUUCAAGUACGUCUUCGACCAUCACCAUGACGACGUGUACUGGUGCACUGCUGACAUUGGCUGGAUCACCGGCCACUCCUACAUUGCGUACGGCCCGCUGGCGAACGGAGCUACGAGUGUGCUGUUUGAAGGUGUUCCAGUCUACCCUCACGUGGGCAGGUACUGGGAGGUCAUUGAGAAGUAUGGCGUGUCUAAAUUCUACACCGCCCCCACUGCAAUUCGACUGCUCAUGAAAUAUGGGAGAGAGCCUGUGGAGAAGUAUGACCUGUCGAGUUUGCGUGUGCUGGGCACUGUGGGAGAGCCGAUAAACCCAGAGGCCUGGCUCUGGUACCAUGAUGCUGUGGGGCAGGGGAGGUGUCCCGUGGUUGACACCUUCUGGCAGACCGAGACGGGGGGCCACGUUUUGACUCCGCUGCCUGCAGCUACGCCCCUGAAACCAGGCUCUGCGACACUGCCUUUCUUUGGGGUGCAGCCCUGCAUCCUGAAUGAGCACGGGGAGGAGCUCCAGGGAGAGGCCGAGGGCUACCUGGUUUUCCGGAAGCCCUGGCCCGGCAUCAUGCGUGGUAUCUAUGGAAAUCAGGAACGCUUCGAGAGCACCUACUUCAGAAAGUUCCCAGGGUUUUACGUCACAGGUGAUGGAUGCAGAAGGGACAAAGAUGGCUAUUACUGGAUCACAGGCAGGAUGGAUGACAUGCUCAAUGUCUCCGGUCACCUGCUGAGCACGGCUGAGGUGGAGGGCGCGCUAUCAACGCACGCUGCCGUGGCGGAGGUGGCCGUGGUGGGCCGGCCGCACCCGCUCAAGGGCGAGUGCCUCUACUGCUUCGUCACGCUCAAGGACAGUCACGAGUUCACCCAUGACCUCGUAGAGGAGCUCAAGGGGAAAGUCAGGGAGAAGAUCGGCCCAAUAGCCACACCGGACUUUAUCCAGAAUGCCCCGGGCCUACCCAAAACCCGCUCAGGUAAGAUCAUGCGCCGCGUCCUCAGGCAGAUCGCCCGCAACGAGAAGGACCUAGGCGACCUCUCGACCCUGGCUGACUCCAAGGUCGUGGACGUCCUCUUCAGCUACAGGUGCAAAACAGCGGGAUGAAACCUACUCCCCCUUCCCUCAACCCCUUGCUCUCCGUUCCUCAUGCCUGUCCAGCUGCCAGGCCCUGGAACAGCUUCCCCCGCUUUGGUAAAGACUUUGGCACUAGGCCCAUAGUGGUCUCGACUGAUCUCAGAUCAGAGCUCGCGGGGAUAUUCCUUUAGUUUGGUCAGCCCUUCUCUGGCCACAGCAACGCCGUUCUCUCGCUGAGCCGACACUAUAGGUCAGUCACGUUUGGAUAGUUUAACGGCUUACUAAUUAGACGCCUGGUAGUACACUGUGUUGAUAUACCAGACUGACAGUUUUCCCAUUUCUUUUAAUGUGAUGUACAGCUACAGUAAGCUUUGCAGCGAUUCCAUAAUACCACAAUCCCACAGGCUUAAGAAAAUCAAUGCAUUCCAAGGGCCAAAUAUUAACACAGUGACAAAGUGCUUAAUUAAUGCAUUUGAUAUGACCCAGUUAGUGAUGCAGUACAUCACAGUAACUUCAUUUGUCAAAAAUUUAAAUGACUGUGACCCUUGUACGGCACUUGGCAUAAGUGGUGUUCAGAGAUAUUUCCUAUUUGGCCCGUUUUACAGAUUGCUGUCUUUAUUGUGUCAAACCGAGCUUUCCUAAUAAAGCUUACUCUCCUAUGAAGUUAUCA